CUCUUCACCAUCUUCAUCAGCUCAAGCUUCUUCCAUAGCAAUCACUCCAAUCCCUUCUAUUUCCCAGUUGAGUUAAUUUCUCUUUGCUUCUUACAAGGCAAACAUGGGUGUUGUCACUUACUCUCAAGAGUUCACAUCUGCUGUUGCUCCAUCGAGGAUGUUCAAGGCUUUGGUCCUUGACUCUCACAACAUCAUUCCCAAGAUUGUUCCCGGGGGCAUCAAGAGCGUCCAGUUUAUUGAGGGAGAUGGUGGAGUUGGCAGUAUUAAGCAGACCAACUUUGGCGAAAGUGCUCACAUCAAGUACACGAAGCACAAGAUUGAUGCUCUUGAUGUUGAGAACUUUUACUGCAAAUAUACUUUGAUUGAAAGUGAUAUCAAGUUCGACAAAAUUGACAUCAUUGUUUAUGAGGUGAAGUUCACAUCUGCUGAUGGUGGUUGCAUCUGCAAAAUGAGUAGCGACUAUCAUGUUAAGGAAGGUGCGGAGCUCAAGGAAGAUGACAUCAAGCAGGGUAAAGACAGGGCUAUAGGAUUGUUCAAGACAGUUGAAGAGUACCUCUUGGCAAACCCCGCUGUUUGCGCUUAAAUUGUCUUUUCAAAAAUCCUUUGAGUGAUAAUCACUGGAACUUGAGUGAAUUAUUUUUAUAUGUUUCUUUUUGGCUCUAGCUUGGAGCUUUUGCGAGAGCAAUGGUUAUUCUAGUGUCUUUCUAUGUCCAAAAGGAUCUGUUGGUUAUGCAUAAGGUUAUGUCAGAAUAAAACCCGAAAGAGCAAUGAGCAAUUCAAUAAUUUAUGCA